CUGACGUCACUCAAAUGCGACUAUCUUAAGAGAAUUGAACGCAAGUGUGAAGUUGAAACGAUCGGCUGAAGCUCAAAUAUUCUUUGUCUUGCUUAAACUUUAAAUUGAAUCUCCCGUAGUUACUUUUUAAAAGUCAUAGUCUGUUUUUCGCUGAAAACACCACCAGACUAGCACGUUUAGAACAAACUUGAUGUCCAAUCAUCAGAAAGAAGAACACGGAAAUGUCUGCUGUAACUGCGUCAGUCUGCUCCACUUUGCUGUUUUUUGGCAUCUUCGUGUUUGUCUCGGCAGACCAGAAAAUCAUCACAGCUGAGUCAGGACAGAACGUCACUCUGACAUGUCGAGCUCCAAACAACAACAUCAUAGGUGUGGAGUGGAACAGAGCUGACCUGAGAGAUGAAUAUAUACUUUCGUACAGAGACGAGCAGUUUGAUCCAGAUGGUCAGCAUCCAUCUUUUGAGAACCGGGUGGAUCUGCAGGACAGACAGAUGAAGAAUGGAGACGUGUCUUUGAUUCUGAAGGAUGUGACGAUUAAUGACACUGGAACAUACAAGUGUCGUGUCUUCAGUGGAGAGACAAGAUCAUGGGAGAGCAUCAACACCGUCAGCCUGACUGUUCCAGGUGAGUGA